UAUCCCCCUAUAAAUAGGCAGUGAGCUAUACAAUCCAAAAUACAAACGAAGCGAGAGGCGUUCUAUAUAUUAUUGAAUUGACAAUGAGGCCUGCUCUUGCUUUGCUUCCUCUUCUAUUUGCUUUCUUGUUAGCUGCCACUACGGAAUCAAGAAAAGAUCCAGGGGAAUAUUGGAAAAUGAUCAUGAAAGAUCAGGAAAUGCCAGAAGGACUUCAAGGUCUUGUUUCAUUUCAAUCUGAAAAUAACCCUAAGACUCAAGAGCAGCUUGGUAAAGGUUCCAAAAACCAUUGUGAAGAGUCUCUAGUUACAAAUACACAAGUUAACAGUGACUUCGAACCCAUACCAAGUGUUACCAAAUAUGAUGAUUUGGAAUUCAAGUCAAGCAUUAUCAAGAACGAUGAUUUUGAAUCGAGACCAAGUGUUACUAAGUAUGAUGAUUUUGAACUCAAGUCAAGCGUUACCAAGAACAAUGAUUUUGAACCGAGACCAAGUGCUACCAAAUAUGAUGAUUUUGAACUCAGGUCAAGCGUUACCGAGAAUGAUGAUUUUGAACCGAGACCAAAUAUUAGCAAGUAUGAUGACUUUGAACUCAGGUCAAGCGUUACCGAGAAUGAUGAUUUUGAAUCGAGACCAAGUGUUACCAAAUAUGAUGAUUUAGAACUCAAAUCAAGCAUUACCAAAAACGAUGAUUUUGAACCGAGACCAAAUAUUAGCAAGUAUGAUGACUUUGCAUCCAGGUCAAAUACCAAGUACGAUUCUGAACCUAAAGCAAGUGCUACCAAGUAUAGUGAUUAAAUGAAAAUCAAGUAAUUGUAUAAUACAGUCGAAGAAAAUCGUGCUCCAUAUCAAUGUAUCCUAUGAAUAAAUAGGGUGUGAAGUAUUAUAGAUUUUGAAUAACUUCGGCUAUGUUGGACUAAAAGUUGGAAAAAUAAAAAUAUAUAUUUGCUUUAA